AUUUCUCUUUCUCCCCCAUCUCUUCUGUCUUGAAUUUCAUUUCCUUCCACACUCUAUCUUCUCUGGACGAGAUCGCCAAUACAGAGGAAAUAAUAAUAAAUAAAUAGAUAGAUAGAUACGAAUAAAUAAUUCAUGGCGGGUCAAUUCGGAGCCGACUCAGCUCAGAAUAACUUAGCUACUUUAUCGAGAUCGUAGCUUUUCAAGCCAGCGAGGAAUUUGUUGUUGGAAAUUUUUUAUGUUAAAGUCAUCUUCUUGUUGACAUAAAAUUAGGGUUUUUGAUUUCGGGGUCUUUUAGUUCGUGGUGAAGUUCAGAUUUUUGUCAUCUGGGUUGUAUAAUUUUGUUACCAAAUUAGGGUGAGAAAGGAAGAGUUUUUUUUUUUUUUUUUUUAGUCUGUGUUUGUUCAGUUUCGUGAUAAAAGUGAGGAAAUUAGGGUUUUUUGGGGGGGAGACGUUGAAUUAGUGAUUGAAGAAGUGUUUUUUUGUUUGGGUUUGAUCGUUUCUAGGAUAAAAUGAUGAUCUUUUUAUCUGGAUAUGUUCAAUUUUAUGAGGAAAUUAGGGUUUUUUAGUUUUUAGAAUUGGGUUUGUUGAAUUUGUGAUGGGUGAGGAGACAUCUGAGACAAUGAACCUUGAUUUGAAUCUGGGUCCUGUUCCUGAGACACAAUCGGAGUCGAUAACAAGUGAGGCUGUGAAUUUAGAUGAUUGGAUUGAUCCUAUUGAUAGAAUUAGGGAAGCUGUUAGGCUGAGGUCUCGACAGCAGCGGUGGAGAUGGAGACAGGUUCAACUCCCUCCAGAAACAGUUACCCUGCCGAUGGAACUGAAUCAACUGAUGGGUAGUUCUGCCAACGGGAGUAUAUUACAGGCAGGUGAGGGUAGUGUUACUGCCGAGGAAAGAACUAAUGAGGUGCCUAAAACAUGUGAGAAUAAUCACGGGUUUUUGGAAGAUGGAGUAUUGGAUAAGAAGGAUGAUGUUGAGAAGGGCAGUGGAAGUGACGGGAGUUUUUUUGAUUGUAAUAUCUGUUUAGAUUUGGCUAGGGACCCUGUGGUCACUUGCUGUGGUCACUUGUUUUGCUGGCAAUGCCUUUAUCGAUGGUUGCAUAUUCAUUCAGAUGCAAAGGAAUGUCCUGUGUGCAAGGGAGAGGUAACAGAUAAGAAUGUGACCCCAAUAUAUGGUCGUGGGAACUGUACACGGGAGCCAGAAGAGGAUUCAAAUCUUAAGAUUCCUCAUAGGCCACAUGCACGCCGGGUUGAGAGUUUGAGACAAAGCAUUCAGAGGACUUCUUUCAGUUUACCAAUAGAGGAAAUGAUUCGGCGUCUUGGAAGUAGAUUUGAUUUGACUGCACCACGGGAUGGAAGUAAUGCCCGGGAAACGGCUGAAAGGACUAAUGCCUUGCUAAAUAGGAUUUUUACACCUCGAGGAAUUCGUGGAGAGCAAAAUCCAGUUUCAGCAACUCCAGAGGAUGUAGAUUCGAUGCAGAGUGGCACGAUGAAUGGUCCUGAGGGGGAAACUCAUCGGUUCAGUCCUCUCUUAGUGCGAAGACAAGCACAAUCACAUAGACCUGUAGCAAUCUCUCCUUCUCUUUCAUCUGCACUGAAUUCAGCAGAAAGGUUAGUUAACGCAUAUUUCCAAAACCAUACUGGCGGAAGAAACCAAGAGCAGCCACCACCUCCAGUUGAUGAUAGAGAUUCCUUUUCAAGCAUUGCUGCUGGUAUAAACUCUGAGAGUCAAAUGGACACUGCUGUGGAAAUCGAUUCUAUAGUGUCCCUUUCAACUUCAUCUUCCCGAAGAAGAAGUGAUAGUUCAAGAGUUUCUGAUGUGGACAGUGUUGAUUCUCGUGCGCCUAGAAGAAGAAGAUUGAACUAAAAAGAGCAUCUAAUUUUCUCAUAUCCUGGAAUCACUUGAAAAUUUGACAUCCCAACAGCAAUGUAAGUGCUACUUGCAUUUUAUGGCUUUAAAUCUGCUAGGUCUUCACCUUUAUGCUACAAUCGUUGAACCUCUUGAGGACAAUAAUGAAUUUUUAUGCUUUAUUGCUACUCUAUAUGGUUUGGAAUACUAUUAUCCUUUAUUAGAGGUUUGUGCUUUCAAGUAAAACUUGUAUUGGAGCAAGUAGCCCAAUUAUGACUCACCGUUGUACAGCAAGCUUUUAUAUAUUUGAGCAUAAUCGCUUUUCGUUUAAUUUGAUCAACCAGAGGCAUUUAAUUUUGAAAUAGAUUAUGUACAUUGCUCGUGUUUUUUUGUUUUA